AACCGCGCUCCCGCGACACCUUCACGUGAUCGCGGACGGCGUAAGGACCCCGCUCCCAGUGCGCCUGCGCCGCAGCUCCCGGAAGUGGCCGGACCAGAAGCGCAAGCCGAGCGCUCGUCCGUCAGCCCGUCCGUCCGCCCGUCCGCCCGUCCGCCGGCCCGGUACCCUGCGCGCCUCGGCCCUCGUAGCUGUCCCGCCGUCUAUUUGGCCCGAACGACGGCCGAGGCGCUCAUCAUGGCGACGUUCAUCUCGGUGCAGCUGAAAAAGACCUCGGAGGUGGACCUGGCCAAGCCGCUGGUGAAGUUUAUCCAGCAGACGUACCCGAGCGGCGGGGAGGAGCAGGCCCAGUACUGCCGCGCGGCCGAGGAGCUCAGCAAGCUGCGCCGCGCCGCGGUCGGUCGCCCGCUGGACAAACACGAGGGCGCGCUCGAAACGCUCCUGAGAUACUAUGAUCAGAUUUGUUCCAUUGAACCCAAAUUCCCAUUUUCUGAAAAUCAGAUCUGCUUGACAUUUACCUGGAAGGAUGCUUUUGAUAAAGGUUCACUUUUUGGAGGAUCUGUAAAAUUAGUACCUUCCUGCAGCAGCUACCAGUCUCGUCUGCUUCCACCCGUCUGUUGCUUCCGGAUGGUCUGUUUUCCACAGUGUAGGCUGACUCUUGCAAGCUUAGGAUAUGAAAAGAGCUGUGUGUUGUUCAAUUGUGCAGCCUUAGCUAGCCAGAUUGCAGCAGAACAGAACCUGGAUAAUGAUGAAGGAUUGAAAACCGCUGCUAAGCAUUACCAGUUUGCUAGUGGUGCCUUUUUACAUAUUAAAGAGACGGUUUUAUCUGCCUUAAAUCGGGAGCCUACUGUGGAUAUAUCUCCAGAUACUGUUGGGACCCUCAGUCUUAUUAUGUUGGCACAGGCCCAAGAAGUAUUUUUUUUAAAAGCCACAAGAGAUAAAAUGAAAGAUGCUAUCAUAGCUAAAUUGGCUAAUCAAGCUGCAGAUUAUUUUGGCGAUGCUUUCAAACAGUGUCAGUACAAAGAUACUCUACCCAAGUAUUUUUAUUUCCAGGAGGUGUUCCCUGUCUUGGCUGCAAAGCACUGUAUCAUGCAGGCCAAUGCUGAGUACCACCAGUCUAUCCUGGCAAAACAGCAGAAGAAAUUUGGAGAAGAGAUUGCAAGGUUACAGCAUGCAGCAGAAUUGAUUAAAACAGUGGCAUCUCGUUAUGAUGAAUAUGUCAAUGUGAAGGAUUUUUCUGACAAAAUCAACCGAGCCCUUACUGCAGCAAAGAAGGAUAAUGAUUUCAUUUAUCAUGAUCGAGUUCCAGACCUUAAAGAUCUAGACCCUAUUGGUAAAGCCACUCUUGUGAAAUCCACCCCAGUCAAUGUACCUAUCAGCCAGAAAUUUACUGAUCUGUUUGAGAAGAUGGUUCCUGUAUCAGUGCAGCAGUCUUUGGCAGCCUAUAAUCAGAGGAAAGCUGAUUUGGUUAAUAGAUCAAUUGCUCAGAUGAGAGAAGCCACCACUUUGGCAAAUGGGGUAUUAGCUUCCCUUAAUCUUCCAGCAGCAAUUGAAGAUGUGUCUGGAGACACUGUACCUCAGUCUAUAUUGACUAAGUCCACAUCUGUGAUUGAACAGGGAGGCAUCCAGACUGUUGAUCAGUUGAUCAAAGAACUUCCUGAACUACUACAACGAAACAGAGAAAUCCUAGAUGAGUCAUUAAGAUUGCUGGAUGAAGAAGAAGCAACUGACAAUGAUUUAAAGGCAAAAUUUAAAGAACGCUGGCAAAGGACACCAUCCAAUGAACUCUAUAAGCCUCUAAGAACAGAGGGAACCAACUUCAGAGCAGUUUUAGAUAAAGCCGUGCAAGCAGAUGGACAAGUGAAAGAACGUUACCAGUCUCAUCGUGACACCAUUGCACUUCUGUGUAAGCCAGAGCCUGAGCUGAAUGCUGCCAUCCCUUCUGCCAACCCGGCAAAGACCAUGCAGGGCAGUGAGGUUGUAAAUGUCUUAAAAUCCUUAUUGACAAAUCUUGAUGAAGUAAAGAAGGAAAGAGAGAGUCUGGAAAAUGACCUGAAAUCGGUGAAUUUUGACAUGACAAGCAAGUUUUUGACAGCUCUGGCUCAGGAUGGUGUGAUUAAUGAAGAAGCUCUUUCUGUGACUGAACUGGAUCGAAUCUAUGGAGGUCUUACGACCAAAGUCCAAGAGUCUCUAAAGAAGCAAGAGGGACUUCUUAAAAAUAUUCAGGUCUCACACCAGGAAUUCUCUAAAAUGAAACAGUCUAACAAUGAAGCUAACUUAAGAGAAGAAGUUUUGAAGAAUUUAGCUACUGCAUAUGACAACUUUGUUGAACUUGUAGCUAAUUUGAAGGAGGGUACAAAGUUUUAUAAUGAGUUAACUGAAAUCCUGGUCAGGUUCCAGAACAAAUGCAGUGAUAUAGUGUUUGCACGGAAGACAGAGAGAGAUGAACUCUUAAAGGACUUGCAACAAAGCAUUGCCAGAGAACCUAGUGCUCCUUCAAUCCCUACACCUGCAUAUCAGUCCUCUCCAGCGCCAACUCCUCCAACUCCUGCGCCAAGAACCAUGCCGCCUGCUAAGCCCCAGCCCCCUGCCCGGCCUCCGCCUCCUGUGCUUCCAGCAAAUCGAGCCCCUUCUGCUACUGCUUCAGCUCCAGUGGGGACUGGGACUGCUGCACCAGCUCCAUCACUGACCCCUGGCUCAGCUCCCCCUCCACAGGCCCAGGGACCACCCUAUCCCACCUAUCCAGGAUACCCUGGGUAUUGCCAAAUGCCCAUGCCCAUGGGUUAUAAUCCUUACGCGUACGGCCAGUAUAACAUGCCAUAUCCACCGGUAUAUCACCAGAGUCCUGGACAGGCUCCAUACCCAGGACCCCAGCAGCCUUCAUACCCCUUCCCUCAACCCCCACAGCAACCUUACUAUCCACAGCAGUAAUAUGUCUGCUCAGAAGCUCACCUGGCUCAGAUCAGAGGGAAAGAAAUGCCAACCCGGCAAUAAGUGUACUAAACUCUACCUUCUGGUUAAUAUAAUGUACUCUACUGUACUGAAUGCAGUGUAUAAUUUCUGUCUGCGGCUAAAAGCUGAAAGCUGUGCCCCAGCUCCACAUUUGAUUACACAUGUGAAAUUUGCUGCUGUUGCAGUAUAAACACUAGAUAUAAUAGGAUUUGAAAUAAAUUAAAGUUCACAAAAAUUGCAAAUGAGAAAUUAAACCUGCAAGUGAAACAUUUGAAAUUAUUAUACUUUCUAUAUAAGACAUGGUUGGGACAUCAGGUACUUAUAAAGAUGGCUUAAGUACAGAUAUUCAAGAAAACUAAGUUUUAUUUCUCUUUUGGUUUAUUGAUUUGGUUUAAUUUCCAUUAUACUAUUUUGCAUAAUCAAGGAAUUGUAAAUCUUAUAAUUUAAAAAUAAAUUACUUAAGAACAGUUGUCAUUGUUACGUUUUGUCAUUGAUUCUCAUUACUGUCUAAUUUCUUUCUGGUAUAAGUCUCUCAUUUUGUAUGUACAUAAUUUAAGCAGAUACUGUGUUUAAGUGCAUGAAUAGUGCAAGGUAAUAGGUUCAAGGACAUUUUAUAGGGAAACCAAAAGAAUAGUAUCAUAAUUUAUCUUUCCUAUACCAAUUAGUAAACUAAUCUUGACAUUUAUUUUGAAAAGUCCUAUAAUGUGGAAGAAACACACACUUGCUACCAAAGAUUCUUCAACUAAAUAUACAAAUACAUAUGUGUAUUUAAUGUUAUAUUGUUAGCUUCUCCAAGAAAUUGAUGCAAAUUCUGGUAAUAAUUCUUUCAUUUUUUUCCCCCAUAACCUACUGAAAAUAAAUACAUGUCACUAGCAAUACUGUCUAAUGUAAUAGCAUUGUUUGGGGGAAAAUUUACUGUACCCUUUUACUCCUUUUUUUUCCACCUUACUGUCUUAAGUUAGUAAUAUUUAAUGCACAAUGUAUAUGAAUAGAUAGAUCUAAGACCUCUCAAUUUUUUUGUUUCUAAAAGAUUAGACUAUUUUAUAAUUCAGGGAACACACAAAGCAAUUGUUGGGAGCAUAUGUCAUUUCUGGAAUAGGCUGUGUAUUUAAUAUUAAUCUGCUAUUAAGUUAUCUAAUCACUGUAUCAACCUCAGUAAAAAUAGCGAAGACAUGCAUUAAUGAAUGAGAAAAUGAGAAAGGAAUGAGUUGUCUUACUUCACAGCGGGAUCUCUUCUGUGUGAGGCUUGUCCUGAACACAUUAGGUGUGUGAGAUUUCCAAUGAAUCUAUUUAUGUUUAUUUUCUGAGUUUUAAUGCUUACCUUUUCUUGCAUAAUUGUUUCAUUUUAAUGAUACUGUCACUUGGUCCACUAUUGUUUUCAUUAACAGUUUGGAUAUAUGUUUUAAAUGUUCAACUGAAGAUAUGAUUGUAAAAGGGAGUGAAUUGGUUUAAAAAAAUGUGUAUUUAAAAAAAAAUUUGUUGUAUGAAGAAAACAGGAAGGCAUGUUAAUUCAAUAUACAUGACCUUGGGUUACAUGGAAUACUGAAACUGGUUUAAAGUCCAGUCGUGAAACCUUGGCAAAAAUAGAUUUUUACUUAUCAUUGCUAAGUUUUAAUACUUUGGAUUCAUCAACAUGUGUGACAUGGGCUUGUUUGACUCUUCUGUAAAUGGCAUUUAAGUUCUCCAUUCUUAUUGCUUGAGAUACCUUACACUAACAUAAGACACUCAGUGAGAGUUAGGAGUUUUCCAAAUCGCUAGUUUAUAAAUUCUAGUUACUAAUGCAGAAAAAAAGAAAAAAACAAAACAAAAUUGGCCUGAAUAUUCUCUUGGGGAAAGAGGGCACUAAUGGAAAGUGUAAGUGCAUCAGAGGGCCAAAAAAGAAGUGUGAGACCUUUUAGCCCAUUCCCUUUGUGAAGCUGAGCCUGCUGAGAGCAUAGGAAGGUCUUUCAGAAACUCUGGGAAAGGAGGCCCCACGGCCUCUUGGGGCAGAGCACACCUGACUCUCUUGACUUAGCAUAACGGUUUAAAUGUGGCAGCCCAGACCCAUUCCUUCUUGUCAGUUCAGUCACUCUUUAGGUAGGUAGUUUCUUUCUGGUCACCCAUGUCUGGGUACAGAUGACCAAGUUUGUGCAGCUGUUUAUUGUUGGGUUUCAUAGGCCUAUCUAGUUUCAUUGAGGUGACUCAUGAAAAAAAGCUUCUUUUAUAUCUAACAAUCUAACAAGAGGAAAGCUCUCAGUGGGAUUGUUACUGAACUUUAAAAAAAUCCUUUGCUCAGCUUUUCCUGUUCCAGAAAAUACCCUCAAAAGUUGUUACGAAUAAUGUUAUUGAUUUGGAGUUGGAAGGACUCUGUCGUUCGGGUAUGUUGUACCCAUGUUUAUAAUUAGGCUUUUAAAUUAUCUUCCUAAACUAAGGAAAAGAAAUCAUCCCCAGACCAUUUAUGUUGAGUGUUGGAAUACUAUUUUAAAUUUGAUGAUACUUCAAGUAAUGAAGUUCUGCAUAGAGGAACUAGUCAAAAGUGGGUGAAAAACUCUAACUUCUUAUUCCUACAUUGGAGACAGAUGGCAUGACUUCUCAGCUAGUAUAAAGUAUUGGCCCAAAGAGAGUUACUCCUGUGCCAGUUGGUACUUAUUCUCAGUUAAGAGCAGUCAUAGGUCACGGCCAACCAAUCAAUCUUUGCAAGAUAUCCCUGUGACCAUACUCCAAAUUCUUGGCAAUUUAUAGUCACUCUUCCAAAUCUAAGAGUUACAGAAAAGAGUGGACUUCAUAAAACCUUGUGUUCCUAAUGUUCUGUCCCCGUCAGCAGCCUUUCUAGUCAAAGCAGAUUUAAAAAGAUGUUUUCAAUUAGAGCGUUAGAGUUUACAAAAGUGCUUUGUAUAUGUUUUCUAAUUUCAGAAACAGGAUAAAAUGCGAUUUGUUAAUAAGUAAGUUUCAGUUUGCUGGUGGGGAAUUUUUGUUUCAGUAUCUCUUGAAUUUUGCCUACAACUAGUGGCAUUUUAUUUUUUAAAGACUUGCCAUUAUUAGUUGAUCCACAGUACAGAACAAGAUACAAAGGAAAAAACCCUGAUAUGUAGUGUUAUAUUGCUGGAUUAAAAAUAGACUUUAGGACUAACAAGUUGAAUAUACGAUUUACAUGGAGGCGUAAAGAAGGACAAAUUAUAUUUUUAAAGAAAGAGAAUAUUCAGGCUUUAUUUCUGGUAUGAAGUUUAUAUUUUUAAAAAAAAUCCUAUAUUAUCACACCAGAGAUUUUAGAUUCUUUUCUGGUUAGAAACAUUGCUGGUAGUAGGAUUAUAUUUUUAUUGUAUUCAUUUCUCUUAGGGGGAAAAUUGUAAAGAAACAAAAAGGUUCCAGAUGAAUGUAUCCUAGAAAUAAAAGUUGAAAGAUUCUUA